UAUGUCCUCCAUUUCCUCGAUCUUUCUUGAUCACUUUCCUUCACGUAACUGUUAAAACGAAGAAGACAAGAACGUUGUCUCAAACACUGGCCGGAAGGAUACAUGGAUCCCUGUCCUUUCGUUCGACUUCUCGUCGGAAACCUUGCUCUCAAGAUUCCGGUGGCUUCGAAGCCUGCUCGUUCCGUCAUCCAUCCGGCGUCGUCUCCUUGCUUUUGUAAGAUCAGGCUUCAGAAUUUCCCUCUUCAGACUUCUACUGUACCUUUGAUUCCGCUAGGGAGUCAGUUCCCGGAUGGUCAAACUCAAACCUUAGCUGCGAGUUUUCACUUGUGCAAAACCGAUCUGGAGAAGCUAGCUGCUAAGUCUCUAUUUGCUGCUAAGCCUUGCCUUGAAAUUGCUAUCUACACUGGCCGUAGUGCUACCACUUGUGGUGUUAACUCUGGGAGACUUUUGGGAAGGAUUACGGUGCCUUUGGAUCUGGAAGGAACUGAGUCUAGGUCUUGCGUUUUUCAAAAUGGUUGGGUUUCAAUUGGGAAGAAUGCUAAGGGUUCUUCUGCUAGUCUGCACUUGAAUGUUAGAGCAGAGCCUGAUCCGAGGUUCGUGUUUCAGUUUGACGGCGAACCGGAGUGUAGUCCUCAAGUGUUUCAGAUCCAGGGGAACAUUCGACAACCUGUUUUUUCUUGCAAGUUCAGUUUCAGAAAUUCCGGAGACCGGCAUCCGAGAUCCAGAUCAUCGUUGCCAGACGGUGGCAGUUCAAGGGGAUGGUUGAGCUCGCUCGGAAGCGAGAAGGAGAGAAGUGGGAAGGAACGAAAGGGAUGGUCGAUCACAGUCCACGACCUCUCUGGAUCUCCAGUAGCGGCAGCAUCGAUGGUAACACCAUUCGUCGCAUCACCGGGUUCUGACCGAGUCAGCCGAUCCAACCCAGGGGCAUGGCUGAUUCUUCGCCCCGGUGAUGGUACCUGGAAGCCCUGGGGCCGUUUAGAGGCCUGGCGUGAGCGGGGCGGCAGCGAUGGUCUCGGCUACCGCUUCGAGCUCCUCCCAGACACCAAUGGUGGGAUGAACGCGGCAGGCAUUGUGUUAGCUGAGUCCACAUUAAGCACCAACAAAGGUGGGAAAUUCGUUAUAGACAGGAGUUCAAAUGGGCGGUCGACACCGUCCGGUAGCCCAAAGAACAGCGGCGACUUUGGAUAUGGUUUAUGGCCGUAUUGUAUGUACAGAGGUUUCGUGAUGUCGUCGAGAGUGGAAGGUGAGGGAAAAUGCAGUAAACCCUCUGUGGAAGUGAGUGUGCAGCACGUGAAUUGCACCGAGGAUGCGGCUGCAUUUGUGGCUUUGGCGGCUGCCAUUGAUCUCAGCAUGGACGCUUGCAGGCUUUUCUCUCAGAAAUUGAGGAAGGAGAUGUGCCAACAACAGGAUUUGAUGGGCUGAUUUGAAUCACAGUUUCGUCGUCUCCUUCAAUUUCGUUUCUUUUCGCUUUCUUUUUGUUGUUGUCUUCCCGUUUUUUAGUGGGGUUGGGCGUAAAUUUUGUUUCAUCGUUACUAACCUAACAACAACGGUGUAGUUUGUUUUAUUUUCCUCUUUUUUCUGAUCUGAAAGACUGAAACUGUACAGAGAGUAUAGAGUUGAGACCUUUUGGGUUUUCUUUGGUGGGGGGGUGGGAAUGGAGUGGUUGUGUAUUCUUUUGUUCUUCAAUUGACUUCCAUGAAUUAACAUUACUUAAUUUUAUAUGAUAUGGUUGUUAAUCUUA